AUGGAGUUACUCACUGUAGCAAGCCCAGAGAGCUUUCAUGGUAAGAAAGUUGUUGUUUGUUUGAUGCUAGCAUUUUUACCGGCGAUGCAACGGUUAACCCGGUUAGGAGCGAGAGGGCGCUUUGAAAUGUACAACGUGGUCGUUGUAAUUUAAACCAUAGUAAAUUGCUUUAGUUAUCAAGCAUAAUUGUAAUCACAAAGCAUUCUUAACGGCAUAGGGUAAAAUAUAAGAAAAAUGUUGGCAAGCGGCAAGUUAAAAUUAUUUAAAGCACAAGCUUUCACACCGUUACUGCAACCUUUCCCUAUAAACGGCAAGGGGAGGGUCGCGCUUGUAUAGUCUUAAUUACAAAUAAUUAAAAUUUAUUUUCUUCGAAUGGACUACCUUACCCGUGCUUUACAUGGAAGAUCCACUGAAAAUUCUAGCAUUAUUUUUAGUCUUAGUUGUGUUAAUUCUACCAUUCCUUCCUAUAUUGACUUAGAACUCGUAAUGGCAGUCACGAGUACUGAUACUGCACAGGGGAGGGGAAAGGAGACGAAAUUUUAGAAGGGAACGGAGGGGAUAUGCUGAUAUGCAAUUGUAUUAGAAUUCACACCAAUUUGAAAAAUUGGCCUUUUGGGGGCAGGUGGGGGGCAUUGGGUGUUGAUUACCAGUGGAUGAGAUUCUGAUCUGAAUUUUAUUUCUCCUUAAGGAUAUAUCUUUGAUUCCUCAUAUAUAGUGCUCGUAGAAGCAAAGAAGUUACACUGUAAAUGUCCGAUCGUAAACAAAUGUCAUGAUUUAGACCAUAACAAUGUGAGCCACUGAGAAUUACCAUUUUGAAACACACCUUGACGAAAGAUAAUAAAUAUUGUUCAUGUGACAAUUUGAGCAUCCUAUCAGCCAAUCAGUGACCUUCUUUUGUUUUUACGCCAACUUUGAACUACCUUUGUGUUCAUUACAAUUUUUUGAAGAGAGAACGAAACCAAAAGGGCUUGACUGGUGUGUAUGUAAUAUUUUAUUUUUUGAAAUAAUUUGUUAAUGCAAAUUACCUGGUGUUUGUUCACAUGUCUAGAACAAAGAGAAUUAUUAUACGUGAACGUUUGGAGACAUAGAUUGGACAAUAUUUUUGUAUUGUAAUAGAGAUCCAGCUGCAAUCCUUCUCUGCUUCAACUUCUGAGAUAUUGGUGUGGCACUUGAAGAUUAAUUCCAUAUCUCUGCGUGCUCAUGUAUCAUUCACUACAUGCUCAGUGGUACCGUAAGAACUGCCCAUAGGGCAACAGUGUGAAGAGGAUAAGCUCUUAUAAUCGGAUUAAGUAGAACCAAAUGUUUUGAUACAUAUCUGCUGGCACAGUGGUGAAGCCAUGAUUUCUAACAGAGGGGUCAAAUUAAGUGACACUGUUUUUAUGUCUAGACUUCUUUGUUGCUAUAAAUUUUAUUCUCACAAAAUCAAGUAUGCAUUUUUCUACAUACCUUUUCAGGGCCGUAGCUAGCAUGAGGCAAGACGAGGCAGUUGCCUCAUCUUAGUUUUGCCCUUUUUUUUUUUUUGGAGAAACGUUUAACUGAGAAAAUAAUCCCUAGAAAUAAGUGGAUUGGUUAAGAUAAAACCAGGAAAUAUAAGGUGGAUUAAUUGCGGGGAAAAGCAUUUUAAUGAGGUUAAUUCGUUUCAUGUGGACUGUGAGUAACAGUUUUUCAAAUGCUUUAAAAUGCAGAUGGUCAUUUACUUGGCACCAGCAGUAUCACCAAGCAAUAAAUAAGUGAAUUUCUACACUUGCCCAAGAUUGACUUUUCUGAAGAAAAAUGCCACGGAAAAUGCUUAAAAGAGCAUUUCUGAGCCGCUAGAUUUCAAAAUUUUAAUGGGGGGGGGGGGGCAUGCCCCCAGACCCCCCUAGAGGCUUGUGCCUUCAGUGCCCGAAACUUGCCUCGCCUUGUGCUGGCUAUGGCCCUGCUUUUGGUAGUAACAAUUUCAGUCUCAAAGCAAAACAUCAUUGGAAUACUAGGAAAUUGUGUAUAUUGACAGAUGCAUUCAAGGGGGGUCCUUACCUCCUUGUAGAUCUGGCACUGUGGCCUCUGUACUGGAUGACAUACCAAGGCCAAAAGAGUUACUUUUCUUUGGCACUUAAUUAGUUUAGGAGCUUCACAGAGUCCUCAUAUACCUUUCCUGCUUCCAUNUAGAUUUCAAAAUUUUAAUGGGGGGGGGGGGGCAUGCCCCCAGACCCCCCUAGAGGCUUGUGCCUUCAGUGCCCGAAACUUGCCUCGCCUUGUGCUGGCUAUGGCCCUGCUUUUGGUAGUAACAAUUUCAGUCUCAAAGCAAAACAUCAUUGGAAUACUAGGAAAUUGUGUAUAUUGACAGAUGCAUUCAAGGGGGGUCCUUACCUCCUUGUAGAUCUGGCACUGUGGCCUCUGUACUGGAUGACAUACCAAGGCCAAAAGAGUUACUUUUCUUUGGCACUUAAUUAGUUUAGGAGCUUCACAGAGUCCUCAUAUACCUUUCCUGCUUCCAUAGAGUAUUUUCUACCCAUAUUUACCUCAAUUUCUAAAUAAAAAUUUGUUCCGACAACUCCCGAACAUUACCGAAGAUGUUUCAAUGAUUUCCGAAGGUUACCGUAUGUAGCAGUGGAAAGCGCUUGGACUAACCAAAUGGAAGAAAACUUAGCCUUAUUUAGUAAUUCAUGCUAACACUGAUUCUUUUCCCCACAGAUGAGGAAUGUUUCCGUUUUCAGCAAGGAGACGAUAGCGGUCUAAGUUCCUGUCCUUCGACCCCCACGACGACAGAAGACAACGAAUCUCUUUCAGAUAUAUUUGAUUUGAGCUCUUCUUUGUGUGAUAGUCUGAACUUGAGCCUCUUCGAUGGCGAUCUUCCGAACAAAUUGCUCACUCAUAUUAAAAUUAAAACCGAAGACGACGUCAACGAUGAACUGUGGCAGCCAGUCCCCGGAACACCGUCUUGUAUCGUCAACAACAGUUCGAGUUUCUUGGACUCGCUCGAUUUUGGAGUAAUAGACGAACUGUUUGGCCCAACGGUAGACCCAAGGGAUAUUUUUAAAGCCAUUGAAAAGCCUUCUCAGAGAGAGAUUGUCUCCUCGGAGAUACUAGCUGAUGUGACAAAUUCUGUUACUUGCUCAAACAUUUCUUCACCUGUCGCCGAAGUGGUGACUACUCCGAGAGACACUCCUGAAGAAAUCGAGCAGAACAUUUUCAAACGCGAACUUAGAACGAGGCGAAAGAGAGUGCAGUUAAAUAUUGAUCACGAUUAUUGUAAAUCUGCGGAGCUGAAUGAUUCGGAGGACGAGCUCAAGGCUGAUGAGGAAAGCGAUGAGGUGUCAGAUGAUGAUGAAGACUACACGGCUCCAUGCCCGGCGAAGAAAUCCCGCAAAACGAACUCAAACUCUGUCGAGAAAGGCAAAGGCAAAGACGCUAAAUACUGGGAGAGGCGCCAGAGAAACAAUUUAGCGGCCAAGCGAUCUCGCGAGGCAAAACGCGCGCGAGAAAUACAAAUCGCUAAAAAGUCUGUUGCGCUGGAGAAAGAAAACGCUAAUUUAAAGAAACUAGUCCGGAAGCUUAAAGCGGACAUUAAAAAGGCUGAAAAGAAAUUGCGCAUUAUGAUAUGA